AUGACUCGCUUCAAACCGAGUCCCAUAUCUCGAUCGAAACUGUUGAACCACUUUCCGCGCUUGUCGAGAAACCUUUUACUGGCAAUUGGGGUUUUGUGUAUCGUGGCAUAUGUUUGGCAUGAUGGACAAGGUACGGUUCCUGCUAAUGUGGCUGCUGUGGUGUAUUCAAAGCAGUCUUCAGCUAGCGAGCCCACGGUUGGUGGCGAUAUCCAAGCCAAAGUUGGCCAGAUUAAUGAUCUUUUAAUUGACCAGGACUUGAGUGUGAUUGAGAAAGAAUUGGCCAAUGGUGACCUGGAAAAAGUGAAGGAAAAGGUGGGCAAACUGAAGGAAAACAGACAGGACGCAAAGUCAUUAAAUGCCAGGGGUGGGUCUAGAACCCAGGAAGACCUGAUGAUCAAAUUGGACGCGCUUUUAGAUGCAAAAUUGGCUGCUCUCAAGGAAAGCCUGUCUCCCACAGAAAUUAAAAUAAGAUCGGAUUCAGAUACUAUACUCAAAGCUCAAAUCAAGCCCAGGCUGCAGACGCUGGUAGCAGACCUGGCCGUCACAGAAUCCAUGCCAACAAUACAGAAGUUUUACAUCAACCUGGUGAAGGUUAUGCUGGAAAGUGAGCCUCUCACAAAGCUACACAAACGCAAAUAUGGAUUGUCCAAUGAUAAGGUAUUUACUGUGCCUAUGGACAGAGACUACACUGGGCCCAUGCUGACUGAGGCUUUCCUGGAUGACUGUCUCAAAUUUCCUAAAGACUUCAUAGAAGAGAUGAAGAAUUCACAUUCGAAAUUUGUGAACGAUAUGCCCAAGUCAUAUCCGGAUGAGAUGUACUCUGGCAGUGGUAUUGUGAUCAAUGGAGGUCGAGAGUUCUCGUGGUUGGCAUUACUUAGUAUAAAGAUGAUGCGCGAUAAUGGCGGAACCUUGCCUGUAGAGGUGGUGAUGCCUUAUCCUGAAGACUACGAACCUGAAUUGUGUGAGGAGAUAUUGCCUGGUUUGAAUGCGAAGUGUAUUCAACUGGCAGAUCUGUUUGGAGAGAAGCUGUUGAAAAAGCUCGACUUCAAAAAGUAUCAAUACAAGGCGUUGGUGUUGCUGGCUACAAGUUUCGAAAAUGUGCUACUAUUGGACAGUGAUAACAUCCCAUUGUCGCCACUUACCGAAGACAUGUUUGAAAAAGAGCCGUUCAAGUCUAAUGGGCUGGUCCUGUGGCCUGACUACUGGAGACGGUUCACUUCCCCAAAGUUCUACGAUAUUGCAGGUAUCAAAGUUGAUGAUUAUCCAGACAGGGCAGGCAUUGACCAAUACGAGAACCUGCGGGAGUAUCUUCCCCGUUCGUACAGUGCGAAGGAAGAACUGCCCUUGCACGAUCGUAAAGGUGCCAUUCCUGAUCCUUCAACCGAAUCAGGUCAGCUGAUGAUCUCCAAGAAGCAGCAUUUCAAGACUUUGAUGCUCUCAUUCUACUACAACUUCUAUGGUCCAGACCAGUUCUACCCUCUGCUUACUCAGUCAAGACCUGGUGAAGGUGAUAAGGAGACUUUUGCGUCCGCUGCUACUGUGUUCAAUCUUCCAUUCUACACCGUUCAUCAAAGGGUCAUGGCCAAUGGCUAUUGGGGAGACGACGGUUUUCAUGGUUCUGGAAUGAUGCAAUUUGAUCCCAUCACCGACUAUGCCAGUGUCCAGACCUAUCUCGCCAAGAUGAAGGCAGGCGAAUUGGGCACGUGGACGGAUUCCAGAUUGUACAACUUCAUCAACUCCAAGCCAAAAACGCCGUUGUUCAUGCAUGCCAACUUCCCCAAGCUAGAGCCUUUCUCGAUGAUCAAAAAUGGAGAUUUGAAGAACAAAAUGGGUGAAAGAGUGAAGAUGUUUACCGCCUACGACUUCAUGCCUCCUGCCUUCGAAAGGCAUAUCUGGGAAACCAUGGACUUGUACUUCUGUCAAGAGCAAUUGCCUUUCAAAUACAUCAAAACAAACUUCCCCGAGAGCGUCGAUAAACGCAAGGAGGAAUGUGCGGAAAUCCAAGAACAUCUGAAGUUCCUCACGGAGUUUGAGAGUGAUUGGCUUCUGGAGAAUGCCCAAAAGAAGUUGAAUGGGGAAUCCAUCAACCGCUUGUUGGCUGAUGCGAAAGAGGAGGAACCAGUACAGAAGGCUAAGGCCCAAGGAGCCCAAGCAGAUGCUGAACCGGAGGCCUAA